UUUUUUCUGAACACCUUAGUUGGCAUGAUAAGUCUAUCUGAGGAGAUUAUUAUUAUUAUUUUUGCACAAUUGACAACACUCGGUUCAUAAAAGAACACCGAGGCCGAGCGCUGGUGGAAAGAACCCGACCACAGUUUGGUAGAAGAAACGAAACCGAAAGCGGGCGCCACAUUUACAGAGAAUACGUGUUUACUGUGCUAAUCCUGGGCGUUCAUCUGUAUGUUACUUAUUGUCACUUUCUAUACACACAUUCUCCCGACUCGCGGCUUUAUCUUGCACCAUGAACCACAAUCAGGAGAAGAAAAUCAUCGAAUGUUUCAGAAACCGACUGAAGCAACUGAUUCGGGUCGCCCCUGUCCUGGAUGUGCUGCAUUUCUUAAGCAACGAGCAGAAGGAGCUGAUAAAAGCCAAGAUACAGAAUGAAGGCGAAACAGCCGCCGCAGAUCUUCUCCUCGGGGAAAUUAUAAAUAAGACCCAUCCAGAGGGCUGGUUCAGAGAACUCGUAACUGCACUGGAAACGGUCGAAUGUAAACAAGCAGCCAAAUAUAUAGAAAAUAAUCCUCCCAGUCCGUCGUUGGAGGCUGAGAAUGACGCCUACACCAGGCUGAUAGACCUGCUACAGCUCACUCUGACCAAAAUGAAGACCACUGAUGUGUGCCACGGCUGCUACGAGCAAAGGAUUCUCACCGCCGAGGACCGGGAGAGUAUUUUAGCCACAACUACACAGCAUGGAAAUACGGCUGGGGCCCGUUUGCUGUUGUCUCGGCUGCCAAAGAAUGAGUUCGGGUGGUUCUCUCAGUUCCUGGAUGUUUUAGAGAAGACAGAACACAUCAUGCUGGUGCGGGAAUUAAAGGGACUACCUGUUGAGCCCAUUGAAUCAUCAGCUGAUGUUGACAAACCACAGUCUCCAAAGGAUGAGAGUGAAUUGACUACACAGUCAGACACUGGGGAAGGGAAAACAAUUGUGGAUAAACCUUCUCCCAGAUCUAUCUCUCCGCCUCCCAGUCAGGCCUCUGGCUACUCUCAGGUUUCACUCUCAUCCACUUCUUGCCUUGAGGCUGCGGCUCUUGACAGCAGCAUGGACUGCAGUGGCUUCCUGUCUUGUACAGACUCAGUCGCUGAGCUAAGCACUGGAGUCGAAGAUUUGGACCUGUAUGAAGGCAGUGAUGUUGAAAUAAAAGAAGAAAAUGCAAUGGAGUCUUUGGAUCAAUCAGAUAACAACAAAGAUAUAGUUCUGCGUGAUUAUCAGAAUGAUGUUGCUCGGCCAGCUCUGGAAGGGGAGAACAUCAUCGUUUGUCUCCCUACAGGAAGUGGUAAAACCCGAGUCGCUGUGUAUAUCACCAAACACCAUCUGGAGAGCAGAAGGCUAAAAGGACUGCCAGCAAAAGUUGUUAUUCUGGUUAACAAGGUGCCCCUGGUGGAGCAGCACUACAAAGCUGAGUUUGGGAAGUUUCUGAAGCACCUGUACUCUGUUGAGAGAGUGAGCGGAGACUCACAGCUCAAAAUCUCCUUCCCACAAGUUGUUGAAAAAAAUGACAUCAUAAUCUGCACUGCACAAAUCCUGGAAAACUCUUUAGCAAAAGCCAAGCAAGGUGACGAGGACGGGAUCACAUUAUCACAAUUCACUUUGAUGGUAAUUGAUGAGUGCCACCACACGCAAAAGGGCGGGGUGUACAACCACAUCAUGAUCCGCUACCUGAAACAGAAGCACAAGAAUGCCAGCUUGCAAAAGGAACAAAAAGAUCCAGUACCGCUGCCACAGAUCCUCGGCCUCACUGCUUCACCUGGAGUCGGAGGGGCCAAGACUCAACAGAAAGCUGAGGAGCACAUUCUCAAGAUUUGUGCUAACUUGGACGCCUACACAAUAAAAACCAAAACUCUCGGAGAAGAGCCCAAGGGUCCAUACAAACGUAUUGCGAGCGCACAAGAAAGAAAGGAGGAUCCCUUUGGAGAUGUGAUAAAAGGAAUCAUGAGUGAGAUUCACACACAUGCCCAACUGAACCCACUGUGCCAACCAGGCACACAGAUUUAUGAGCAGUGGGUGGUGCAAAAAGAGCAGAAUGCUGCCAAAGAUGACAAUCAAGCAGUGCGGGUUUGUGCAGAGCAUCUGCGUCAAUACAAUGAGGCUCUCUACCAGAGCAACACUAUCCGCAUGUGUGAUGCCUUCAGCUUCCUUAACAAGUACUACAAAGAAGAAAUGAAGAAGAAAUAUAACCCUGAUGAUGAGGACACCAUUCAGAUCACUGAUACUGAGCGUUUUCUCUUCAAAUUAUUUAAUGCUAAAAAAGAGCUUCUUCAAGAGUUAAUGAAAAACCCACAGUAUGAGAAUAAUAGUUUGGCUCAGCUAAGGACCCUUAUUUUGGAGGAGUACACCAACAGAACUGAAGCCAGAGGCAUUAUCUUCACCAAGACUCGUCUUAGUGCCAUUGCUCUCAGCCAGUGGAUUCAGGAGAACCCAAAGUUUGAGGAUGUUGGUGUCAAAGCAAGCUACUUGAUUGGUGGUGGAGAUCAAAGUGUGGUGAAACCAAUGACUGCAGCAGAGCAGAGAGAAGUACUAAACAAGUUUCGUGAAGGAGAGAUCAAUCUUCUGAUAGCCACCACUGUUGCAGAGGAGGGCCUUGAUAUCAAGGAGUGCAAUUUUGUCUUUCGAUAUGGUUUGGUGACCAAUGAAAUUGCUAUGAUUCAGGCUCGAGGCAGAGGAAGAGCGGAGGACAGCAGUUACACAGUGGUGGAGGAGGCAGGAUCAGGUGUAGCAGAAAGGGAAAGUGUAAAUGAAUACAGGGAGAAAAUGAUGAGCAAAGCUAUUGCCAGGGUGUGCACACUGAGCCGCGAAGAGUAUGAAAAGAAAAUAAAAGAGAACCAGCUGCAGGCAAUCAUGGAAGAACGUGUGAAAACCAAGAAGAAGGACAAGAAGGGCAUGAUGAUGGAAGACCCCAGCAAAGUGAAGUUAACCUGCAAAGACUGUGGUGAGCCUGUUUGCUCUGGGGAGGAUAUUGAGAUUAUUGAGAAAAUGCACCAUGUCAAUGUGACUGAAGCAUUCAAGAAGCUAUUCAUUGUCAGAGAGAACACUACCCUGCAGGAGAAACUCCUAGACUGUGAGGCAAAUGGAAUUAUAGCAUGUAAAAAAUGUGGACAGCGUUGGGGCUCUAUGAUGCUUUAUAAAAGCAUUGAAUGUCCAUGUCUCCACAUUAAACACUUUGUGGUAAAAUACAACUCCAAGAACGUGACCAAGGUCUUUAGCAAAUGGAGUGAGCUACCCAUUAAGUUCCCUGCCUUUGACUACUCUCAACAUGUUGUUACACAAAUCUCAGAUGAUGAAACAGAGUCUGACUAAAUCAGUGCUCAUCCCAGUUUACUUAUUGACAAAUAGGCAUGAAUGCAUUGUACACUGUGCUGUUGAAAUACUGUAACGAUACAUAAAUACAAAUAUAUACAAAUAUAAAGAUACUGCAAAAAUUGCAUUCACAUAAACCAUGAAAAGAAACCUGUGUAGAAUCAUUUACGCUGGCAUGUGGGGUGUGAAAACUUAUUUAUUUUCUUUAAAAAUGGUUUACUUUUAGGUUUUUGGUUUAGAUAUAGCUGAUUCUCUGAUUCUCUGACUUUUUUGACUAAUUGUAUUUAUGGAUGUUAGAUCAAAUAUCACAGAUCAUAAAUCUAAUAUAUUAAGACAUUAUUGCAUUGUCUGUCUUAUUAUGUAAUUGCAUGUGCUUUGUAUUUGUUUUUUUGUAUUAUAGAGAUGAAUACUGUUUGUUUUAUUUGGAUAUUAUUGUAAGAAUUAGCACUAACCCUUAUUAACCUAGUUUAUUCCCACUAAACAAAUAAAUGUCUGAUGUGUCA